CCCUCCCGGGGCGGUCCGAGUCCGCGGGCGCUGCGGGCUCUGAUCCCCGCGUCCGCGCUCCGCCGCUCGCGCGCGCCUCGGGCCAUGGCAGUCCCGGGACCUGCGCCCAGCGCGGGCACCAGGCCCAAGUUAGAUCUGCAGUUUCUCCAGCGGUUCCUGAGGAUCCAGAAGGUCCUGUUUCCUUCUUGGUCGUCGCAGAACGUUUUGAUGUUUCUGACCCUGUUGUGUGUGGCCCUCGCGGAACAGCUGGUGAUCUAUCAGGUCGGCUUGAUACCUAGCCAGUACUAUGGUGUCCUGGGAAGUAAAGACUUGGAUGGGUUUAAGGCGCUGACGACCCUGGCCAUUGUGCUCAUCGUUCUCAACUCCACACUGAAGAGCUUUGACCAGUUCAUCUCCAGCCUGCUGUAUGUGAGCUGGAGGAAGGCGCUCACGGAGCACCUGCACCACCUCUACUUCCGGGCCCGCGUGUACUACACCCUCAACGUGCUGCGGGACGACGUCGACAACCCGGACCAGCGCAUCAGCCAGGACGCGGAGCGGCUCUGCCGGCAGCUCAGCAGCAUGACCAGCAAGCUGCUCGUCGCUCCCUUCACCCUGGCCUACUACACGGUGCAGUGCUUCCACAGCACAGGCUGGCUUGGGCCCGUGAGCAUCUUUGGGUAUUUCAUCGUGGGAACUGUGGUGAACAAGGCCUUGAUGGGGCCUAUCGUGGCGAAGCUGGUGCAGCAGGAAAAGCUGGAGGGCGAUUUUAGGUUCAAGCACAUGCAGAUUCGGGUGAACGCGGAACCUGCUGCCUUCUACAGAGCUGGCCGUGUGGAGCACUUGAAGACAGACCGCAGGCUUCAGAGGCUCCUUCAGACCCAGCGGGAGCUCAUGGCCAAGGAGCUCUGGCUGUAUAUCGGGGUCAACACAUUCGACUAUCUGGGCAGCAUUUUGAGUUACAUCGUCAUCGCAAUCCCCAUUUUCAGUGGGAUCUAUGGAGACUUGAGCCCCACUGAGCUUAGCACCCUGGUCAGCAAGAACGCGUUCGUGUGUAUCUACCUCAUCAGCUGCUUCACCAGGCUCAUCGACCUCUCCAGCACACUCUCCGACGUGGCAGGGUACACGCACAGGGUUGGGGAGCUGCAGGAAGCCCUGCUGGACGUGUUUCUGAACAUGCAGGACUUGGAGAGCGACCAUGGCUUGGACCGAGCCCCAGUGGGCCCUGCACCCGAGCCCGUCGACACAGCUUUCCUCCUGGAGCGGGUGUGCAUCUCGGCCCCCUCCUCUGACAAGCCCCUGGUCAAGGACCUGAGCCUGAAGGUCUGCGAGGGGCAGAGUCUGCUCAUCACGGGCAACACGGGCACUGGCAAGACAUCUUUGCUGCGGGUUCUGGGUGGCCUGUGGGCCAGCACCCAGGGCUCCGUGCAGAUGCUGACCGACUUUGGGCCCCACGGGGUGCUGUUCCUGCCACAGAAGCCCUUCUUCACUGAUGGGACCCUCCGGGAGCAGGUGAUCUAUCCCCUGAAGGAGAUCUACCCGGACUCUGGUUCCGCUGACAACGAAAGGAUUGUGAGGUUCCUGGAGUUGGCCGGUCUGUCCAACUUGGUGGCGAGGACAGAGGGCCUAGACCAGCAGGUGGACUGGAACUGGUAUGACGUCCUGUCCCCAGGGGAGAUGCAGCGGCUGUCCUUUGCUCGGCUCUUCUACCUGCAGCCGAAGUACGCAGUCCUUGAUGAAGCCACCAGUGCCCUGACAGAGGAGGUUGAAGGUGAGCUGUACCGCAUCGGCCAGCAGCUGGGGAUGACCUUCAUCAGCGUGGGGCAUCGGCCCAGCCUGCAGAAGUUUCACUCCUGGGUUCUGAAACUCUGUGGAGGAGGAAGAUGGGAGCUGACGAGAACCAAAGAGGAGUGAAGUGAGGACUGAGCUCAGGACAGAGCCUCUGUCCCCAAAGACCAGGAGGACUGCACAGGAGCCAGUGGCAGAGGCCACCCCAGGUGGCCCAGGUGAUACUGAGGUGUCCCCGGGCUGCUUCUGGGGCUCCACAGGCCAGGUGCUGACUAUUGACAAAUCACUUUGGGUCAUCUGUUGAAGAAAAAUCCAGACAUGCACAAACAAUGGGAAAUAAGGGGCAGGGUGGAGGGGACCUGGAGUCAAGAAAGCCAGUGAAAUUUUGCUACAGUAAAUUUUUAACUUUAAUUAACUGGCCAUUUACAUUUUAUAACUUGGCUGGGAAGGUGGCACAGGCCUAUAAUCCCAGUACUCAGGAGGCCGAGGCAGGAGGAUCGUUGGGAAUUUGAGAGCAGCCUGGGC